GUUCCCGCGGACGCCUGUAUGAACCGAUUCGGACUCGGAUAUUAACAAUCGACCGAUAUUCGCACCUGAAGACAGGAGAAGCGGGUUUCUGGCGUUAGGAGAAUGCGCACAAGCUGCGCCGCUCAUUGCGAUUGACAGCGUCUGCAACCCUUUUUCAAAAUGGCCGCUUGGCUCGCACUCGCUUUCUGCUGAUCGGUUCGCAACUUUUCAUUGUCCGACAUCUCCCGCUCUCCAGGAUCGAACCCGUGUUCCUUCAGGACCUCAACCCUCCAUGACGAUGCAUCGCACCACCAGGAUCAAGAUCACAGAGCUCAAUCCACAUCUGAUGUGUGUGUUAUGUGGUGGAUAUUUUAUUGACGCGACAACAAUCAUAGAAUGCCUGCAUUCAUUUUGUAAAAUGUGCAUCGUCCGGUACCUGGAGACCAACAAAUACUGUCCCAUAUGUGACGUCCAGGUCCAUAAAACAAAACCUCUUCUCAAUAUAAGGUCUGACAAAACUCUACAGGAUAUCGUGUACAAGUUGGUCCCAGGUCUCUUCAAAAAUGAGAUGAAGAGGAGGAGAGAUUUUUAUGCUGCACAUCCAUCAGUAGAUGCUGCAAACGGGUCUAAUGAGGAUCGGGGGGAGGUGGCCGAUGAAGAUAAGAGAAUCAUUACAGAUGACGAGAUUAUCAGUCUGUCGAUCGAGUUCUUCGACCACAAAUCCAAACAGCAAAGCAGUGAAGGAGAGAAACAGAGUAAAGAGGAGGUAAAUAACAAAAGGUACUUGCAGUGUCCUGCUGCCAUGACUGUCAUGCAUUUAAGGAAAUUUCUUAGAAGCAAAAUGGACAUACCGUGUACUUUUCAGAUUGAAGUAAUGUAUGAGGACGAGCCUCUAAAGGAUUACUACACAUUAAUGGACAUUGCAUACAUUUACACGUGGAGAAGGAACGGACCUCUGCCCUUGAAAUAUCGAGUUCGUCCCAACUGCAAAAAGAUGAAGAUCACUGGCCUAAGCAGUGCCAACCGCUCAGAAAGUGACUCCGCCAGCGACCAAGCCAACAGCCCGGCUGGAGCGCCGUCCACGUCCUCACCACUACCAAGUCCGAGCACACCAGUUCAGCCCUCUCAUCCCCAUUUCCCCCAUAUCGCCAAUCCCAUCAACGGUUCCUCUAUGGGGAGCUCCAGUCGGCAGUUCACAUUCGGCAACAAAGUACGGAAAUCUUCUCUGAAUGGAUCCUCCACUUCGUCGGGGUGAUGAAAUCGCUCCAGAUGAUCCAGCUGUUUUCCCACGCCAGUGUCAUGCUGCUGCUGUCGUCGUCAUUAUUUCCAUCACACGUGAUAUUUUUAAUCUAGUGAAAGUGGCACAUUUCAUCCGAGUACGUUUUGGAACAAUAGCCUUAUCGUGGCUCUAAGCUUUGGGUUUUGCAGAACAUACACGGUGGUUCCAUCAUCGACUGAAUCCUUUUAUUUGUACUUAUUUGUUAAUUGUUGGGUUUUUUUCAGAAUCGAAUCAGAAACACGUUGCUUGUAUUUUAAGCAUGUAUGUUCUUUUAAAUGCAUGAGAAAUACUCGUUUGCCUUUCUUGGUUAGUUAGGCCUACUAAACAUUCCUGCUCUAUUUAGCUGCCAUUGACAGUGUAUGAAAGAAAAUAUUAUAUAUAAAGUUCAUUUUAAAUGAUAUAAGACCUGUAUACGUUAGAAAAAAGAAACGAGGGUGAAAAACUAAUGUUUAGUUGUAGUUGGCCUGUUCUAUAUUUUUUUCAUUGCUUUAAGAAAAUCAGAAAAUUCACCGGACUUUUAUUUUCCAGAAGCAGGUUAAAGGUCAUGACCUCUAGGCUGGUGUAGAUAGACUUACUUCAGUGUUCAUGUCUUCUUGGUCAUUGUAUAAAUAACUAUUGUAUUGUGACUGUUGCACAGCAUAAAAACAUCAAAAUAAACAUUUUACACUUUUA